ACUAAAUGUCAGUUGGAUAUUGCGGUUAGCGGUAGUAGGUGAUCUUUUGGUGGAUUUUCCGUGUUUUCUCUACUCAUUUUCGCACUUUCACCAUUUUUUUUAAUGUUUAUAUUAUUUAAAAUUACUGAAACUUGUGAUAUAUUUUUGGAAAAGUCAGUGUAUGUUACUAAAAUUUAUAAAUUUGGAAUAUAGUUGUUUAUAGUCAAAGACAGGUAGUGUGUUUUUUGGACCGAUUGGUUUUUUUGAGGAAAUUUGUACCAGUUUUGGCGCAAGUUUGUUUGAAUCUGCAACAAAUGGUUUAAAAGGCAAACAUGGAAACAGUAACAACACCUUUGCUUGAAGACCUUUAGUGAGGACAAUGGGACAUUUUCAUAGAGCUCCUUCCUUAUAUACUUUUCAGAAACAGAAGUCGAAUCGCGCGCUCGCGCACCGCAUGCGUUGAUGGGCGCAGCUGCAGGCGGCGGGCGGGCGGCGCGGGCGCUCCGCCUGCUGCUACUGCUGGUGCUGGCGCUCGCCGCGGUCGAGUACUUAUUCGGAUCCAUCCUCGACGCCUCGCCACUCCGAACCUACCUCUACACACCACUGCAUAACGCAACGCAAUCCACUCUUAAAACUAGUGAUAAAACAUUGCAAAAUUGGCCUAAAAAACUAACUCCAUCUGCUGCGAUAGAGAACUCCGUGAAGAAUUCUUCCCUAAAAGUUUACUUUUCUAACAGUACGAAUAAAAACAAUUCAAGCAGAGAAAUAUCGAAUAUGACGCGCCAAAAUGUAUCAGAAGAUUUUAGCACACCACUCUUAAUUACUAAAAUAAUGGAAGGAAUUAAAAAUCUGGUCACGACAGAAGAUGGCGAACUUAAAGUCUCUGAACCUUCUUUACCUCUUUGUGAUGAAAUGCCGCCUGAUUUGGGUCCAAUAUCGGUAAACAAAACUGAGAUAGAAUUGGAUUGGGUCGAAAAAAGAUAUCCCGAAGUACAACUUGGAGGAUAUUAUUCGCCACCAAACUGCACAGCAAGACAUAAAGUUGCUAUUAUUGUCCCUUACAGAGAUCGUCAGCAACAUUUGGCGAUAUUCCUGAACCACAUGCAUCCGUUUCUGAUGAAGCAGCAAAUCGAAUAUGGAAUAUUUAUCGUUGAACAGGAAGGAACAAGCGACUUCAAUCGUGCCAAGCUGAUGAAUGUGGGGUUCGUGGAGAGCCAAAAGCAAAAACCGGAUGGUUGGCAAUGCUUCAUCUUUCACGAUAUAGACUUGUUGCCACUAGACUCUAGAAAUCUGUAUUCUUGCCCACGACAGCCUAGACACAUGUCCGCUUCUAUUGAUAAAUUAAAGUUUAAGUUACCAUAUGAGGACAUUUUCGGCGGUGUCUCCGCCAUGACUUUAGAGCAAUUCACCAAAGUGAAUGGUUUCUCGAAUAAGUACUGGGGCUGGGGUGGGGAGGAUGACGAUAUGUUUUAUAGGUUAAAAAAGAUGAAUUACCACAUAGCAAGGUACAAGAUGUCAAUUGCGCGUUACGCUAUGUUAGAUCAUAAGAAAUCCGCACCAAAUCCUAAAAGAUACCAACUCCUGUCGCAGACUAGUAAAACAUUCCAGAAGGAUGGUCUUUCGACGCUCGAGUACGAGUUAGUGCGCGUCACACGGCGCCACCUCUACACGCAUGUCGUGACCAACAUUGACGAACGCAGCUGACGGACGUAUCUCGCCAAACUGCUGUUUGGCGAUAGGUAACACCCAUACGCCUUUCGAAAUAGCUGCAGAUUUAUAAAACACCCCUUAUUAUUACGUGUUUUUUUUAAGAUUAUACGAAUUUUUUUUUUUUUUUUUGAUUCUGUGUUUGAUAUUAUUAAGUUUAACCAUGGAUAAUAACAACUUUAAUCGUUUUAAGUUAAUUUAUUCUAUUAUUUUGCAUUUUUUAUCAUUCGAUUAAUUAUUAAAGGAAGUAUUUUAUUAUUGUUGAUUAGUUUGGAUAAAAUUUGCAGAUAUAUCGGAAUAAACUUUGUUUAGAGUAUGUGGUUACCCAGAGUUGUUAUGAUCUCCUUGGAAAUGAAUCGAUUACUAAUUAUAAAUGUUCCUUCGACGUCUAGUGAAAAGUUUGUCAGUUAGUAAAUAUUCCGUAAGCUAUUGUAAGAUUAUUUUUUCUUUUUUUUAAUCAUCUUCACGUAAAAUAAAUGUUGAAGGAUCAAAUUCGAAAACAUGUUAUUUGUAUUAUAAGUAGAUAGGUAACUUGUAUUCUUAUAAUAUGACGUUUGAGCAACUAUUUUUUUUCUUCUUAUUCUGGCCCGCAUAUACGUUAGUUGAGCUCAAAAUAUUCUGCCAAUGUCACGUAUAAUAUAAAAACACAUGAGAUUCAAAAUUCGAUUUAAAAUUUUUAAUCUCAAUUUUUUUUUACCUUAUGAUGAUGAAUAACAAUUAUGUAAUACUACAGUUGAGCAAUUAUUGUCAACUGUCGAUUCAAUUUUUUUAUACGAUUUUAAGCAAUGUAAUAAUUAUUAUAUCAUUUUUUCAUGAGUUGUAAUAGUAAAAGUUGGAAAAAAAAUACAAAUGUGGUAUACAUAAGUCUCUAGUUGCUCAAACGUAAACAAAACCAUAUUAAUUAAGUAAAUAAUAUACUAUGAUGUAAUCAAAGUAAACGACUCCACUAUAGUAUACAUAAUAUAUUUGUGUAACUUUAAAGAUCACUAGUCUUUUGUUUACGCGUUUAUAUUUUUAAGAUCGGAUUUUUAAUAUUUUGGCUCAGGACAAUAAACAAUUAAACAAUUUUCAGUUUUAUGUACUGUAUCGAUUUAUUAUAUACUAAAUAAUAUAUAAAUAACUGUCGUUUAAAAAAAUCAUAAACAUCAUCAUCAUCACAAACUGAGACAAUACGGAUGAUAAUUUAGGAUAUUUCCAACAAAACCUUUACUAAUAAAGUAAAAAUUAUAAUCACAAUUUUAUAGAUAUUUAGGGACAUCACUAACCAUAAUUUAAAAACGAUAAUAAAAAGAAACCUAUUAGGUAUCUUUUGAAAUUUAUAUUUAGUUUUAUUAUAUGUCUAAUCGUUUUUUUUUUAAAUAAGCUUUGUCAAGACCUAACCAUUUAUAAAAUCGAGAUUAUAUUAUUGUAGUAAUUAUGAUAAAAUGUAAAAACAGCUGACAACUAGGAAUCUUCAUAAUGUAAUUCUAAGAGGAAUAGUUAAUUGCCAUUCGCGGCCUAAAAGUAAAAAGAAGUGAAGAAAUUUUUUUUAUACACAAUUGAUUCACCAUAAUUAUGAAAGUAAACAUUUUGAUAUUCAUAUCCAUACAAAACUUAUAUACUUAUAUAUGAAACGAUGAAUUAGGUGAUUAAAACAACGGGGACUUUCGAAUAUAAUUAACUAUAUGUGUAUCAAGAAUUGAGACUCAGGAAGGUGGUUGAGCACAUUUUACGUUCAGUAAUUAAAUUUUAUCCAAAAGUUUCCAUCUUAUUUGACAUUUAAUUUUGAAAUUAAAAAAAAAAAACAAAUUAAAAAAAUAAAUAUUAAACAAUGUGAUACCUGUCAACUCGAAUCUCUCGAAUACGAUAAAUAUUUUCUGAGAAGUUACAAAACAUUUUAAACGGCUACUUUAUCGCCAUACCCACCAAAUUAUUCAAUAGUAAUGGUAUAAAUUAUCUGUGUCGUUCUUAAAAGAUAUUUUGUUUUGAAAAGGAAAUCUGAUUGUAACGGAUAUAAUUGACAAAAUUCCACUUGAAACAAACUAAAACUUAAAAGGUGUGAGUUUUGCUGUAAUACAAUUAUAAUACCAUAUUAUUUAAAUUAUCCAAUUUAAAGAUGCUGCUCUGUUCAAUGUGUGAGAUAUUUAUUUAAAAAAAAAUAAAAAU